AUGUUCGUCCUUGCGGAUAUCGAAGACACAAUCAGUGUCCACCCAUCGGCGUUCGGCCAGCCACCACUCACGAGCAUCUCCGACCAGAUUAACAUCAAAUAUGCCAACAAGAUCCUUGUCGAUGUAGGACUAUGCAUCUCGCUAUUCGACAUCCUCUCCUGCUCUGAAGGCAAAGUGCGUUUCGGAGAUGGAUGCCUCUACCACCACGUCACAUUUCGAAUCAUCGUUUUCCGACCGUUCACACAAGAGGUCCUUACCGGCAAGAUCAAAUCGUCCGACGAAGCAGGCAUCCGUGUCACCAUGGGGUUCUUCGACGACGUGUACAUCCCGUAUCAUUUAAUCCCGAAACCGUGCGCAUUCGACCAUCAGGAGCGUGCGUGGUUCUGGCUGUACGAAGCCAGGACCGAACAGAUCGCAGCCGAUCCUCUACUCAGUCAGCCCGAGGAAAGAAUGUACCUCGACGCAGCAGAAGCAGUCAGGUUCACGGUAGAGUCGGACGAGUUCUGGGACGCGGAACCUGGUCCAGGCGCUGCAGCAGCGACAGCAGAUUCGUUGCAUCACAAAGAACAUACGGUGAAAGAGACCAAGCCUCACUACAGCAUCACGGCGAGCAUCGCCGGUAGUGGUCUCGGUCUGGUAUCGUGGUGGACAGGAGCCGAGGCAGCAGCGGAUCAGGCGGAGGAGUAUGCGGAAGAACAGCAGCAAGCAGAGAUGAUCGAGUCGACAUAG